AUGGAAGAUGAUGAAAAUAGAAAUGAAGUUUUAUUUGAAUCAUCAGUUUUAAAAGUUUUACAUAUGAUUAAAUCAGAUAAUUUAAAUGAAGCUAUUGAUUUCACAAAACGUGUUCAAGAACUUUAUAUGGCUUCGAGAAAAGGUUCAAAAAAGAAUGAAAGUUCAACAUGUGUGAAUAUUGAAAUAAAAGAUUUUAUUGAAUUUGGUUAUGAAAUGAAUGCUGAUGAUCUUUUACCUAUAUGGACACAAGAACAAGAGAAUAUUGUUCCAUCAAUAAUUACAGAUACUGAUCAAAUUGAACAACCAAUCAAAUAUGUAGCUGGUUUAGAUAUAAGUUUUGUUAAAGGAAAUGAUAAAGCUGUUGCAUCUAUGGUUAUUUUUGAUUAUCAAACAUUAAAUAUUGUAGCUAAAAUCAGUAUUAAUUGUAAUUUGAAAAUUCCAUAUAUACCGAGUUACCUAGCAUUUCGUGAAGCUCCAGUCUUUAUGAAAUUACUUGGUAUUCAAAACGACCAGUGCCCUCAUUUAACACCACAAGUUAUUUUAAUGGAUGGAAAUGGUGUUUGGCAUCCUCGUCGUGCUGGUAUUGCUUCACAUUUUGGUGUUUUAAGUGGAAUUCCAUGUUUCGGUGUAUCGAAAAAUGUUCUUCAUGUCGAUGGUAUUACACGAGAGAAAAUUAAAGACUUAUUAAGUGAAAAAGCACCUGAAAAAGAUCAAUAUAUUGAAGUCAUUAGUGACAGUGGAAAUCUUCUUGGUUUAGCUUAUAAUGUAACUGGCUCUGUAAAUAGUGCUGUUUAUAUUAGUGUUGGACACAAAAUAACAUUAACAACAGCUCUUGAUAUAUUCAAAUCAGUGACUAAAUAUCGUAAUUGUGAACCAAUACGACAAGCUGAUUUACUUAGUCGAGAAAUAGUUGCUAAACUUUCAUAA